GUAACAUGAAACACAUGUGCAAAAUGUUGGACUCACAUAUUUCUACACAAAUCAGUGUGUUCAAAUCAUGGCACGAUACUUUUAUCGCUUUCUGCUUCCUUGUUAAAAUUAUUCAUUCCAUAUCUGAGUUUACUUCUUAUAUAAUCGUACUACGCAUACCGCUCAAUCAAAACAAGAUCGCAUCUUUGUGAUGUGUCGGUGUGUCGUUGCCCUGCGAUUGAGAUAAUGUCCAAUCAGUUGUCUUAAGAUUUCUUCGGGUGCAGGCACUGAACCCAUCGUCCCAGAUAGAGGUAGCUCGUCAAGAUCGGUGUAGAACAAAGGUUCCCCCAGAAGCAAAGUGGGGUGCAAAUAUUUACGUAGUCACUUUGGAUAGUGUUAGAGACUUUGUGGUUCUUAGACCACCUCUUAUCAAUUGUAUUUUUGUUUACACGUGCAUCGGAUCCGUCCGAAAUAAGCUGACUAUCUCAGCCAGAUCUUUGGCGCUUAUCGGAGUGCCUAGCGUCUGCCUUAAUUGAACCAAUAAAAUAAUACAAAGCGUCAUUUAAAACGCCCGUCGCCGUGGAUGGCGUUGAUUUUUCCCGACGAGCAGUUAGUUCAUCUCUGUGCUGCAGAGCAGGCAGUCGUGUCAGUCUGAAAAAAUGUCCACCGAAAACCCAGCAAGUUGCGUUUCCACGCUGGACCUCAGUGGUGGCGAAAAUCGGGGAAACCCGGAGGAAUCUCAUUCCAGGGGCGUGAGGAGCGGCUCCAAGGUGCUGCGGUUCAUCUGGCACUCGCUGUAUAGCCAGUACAAUCAGAUCUGCUCGAGAUCCCAGACUCUGAGGCAACUGGUUUGCAGGGAAGCCAACAAACCACUGCCCAAGAAACUCAGACACACCAUGCGACUAAAUAAGUCGGCCAAGCGAAAGGGCUACGAGUUCUACAUAAGCGACGAGGACAGGAGUAUACCUACAGGAAUUCCGAACUGUCCGCGCGGAUUGGAGUACCUUACGACUAUCGACCAGCUUUUAGUUAAGCAGAAGGUCGAGCUGCUCGAGGCCUUCACAGGCUUCGAGACCAACAACAAGUUCACGAUCAAGAAUGCCCUGGGUCAGAAGGUCUAUUUCGCGGCGGAGGACAACGACUGCUGCACGCGCAAUUGCUGUGGUCCUGCGCGACCAUUCGAUAUGCGGGUCUUUGAUAACUUCCAGCAGGAAGUGAUCCACAUGCACCGCCCGCUGGCCUGCUCCUCCUGUCUGUUUCCCUGCUGUCUGCAGAGUAUCGAGGUCUCGGCACCACCCGGCAAUGUUAUCGGCACCAUUGAGCAGGAGUGGUCCAUCUGUUCGCCAUCCUUCCGCAUUCUCAACCACGUGGGUGACACGGUGAUGCGCAUCGAAGGACCUUUCUGCACCUUUUCGCUCUGCGGCGACGUCGAGUUCAAUGUUGUUUCGCUCACUGGUGAGAAGAUCGGCAAGAUCUCGAAGCAGUGGUCGGGCCUGGCACGUGAAAUUUUCACGGAUGCGGACUUCUUCGGCAUCAACUUCCCACUGGACUUGGAUGUGCGCAUGAAGGCAGUUUUACUCGGUGCCACAUUCCUCAUAGAUGCCAUGUUCUUUGAGAAAGCCGGAAACCAAGAGACCGAUAGGCCCGGAAUGCUUUAGGAAUCAGGUGGUGGCUUGUGCGUGGAUUGUUUAUGCGUGGCAACCGAUUGUUGUGGCGUUUGUGGCGAUUGCGAUUGCGACGAUUAAAUGUUGUGCAUUAUCUUGAG